AUGGGAGACAAGAACACUGCUAUCGUUGUCGCGAAUGUUGAACCAGAAGAUGCCCCGCCAGAAGAAGUGGAGAGGUUAAAUGCUAUUAAGAUGGGUACUAGCGAUGGUGUGAAAUCACAUGGGGAUAGUGAGCAAUCAACUAAACAACGGGAUAGUAAUGAGAGUUUACUAGGGAUGGUGAUGCAGAAUACCAUCAUAAACAAUGCUGUGACGUUAUAUGAACAGACCAAAUCUCAACAUCCAAAAUUUACUAAACAUGUAGAAGUGAUGGGCCGCAAGGCAUCGACAAUGGUUAGGAAGACUAGUGAAUUCUGGGGCCAAACUGAAGGCCGUGAGAAGCAUUACAGAGAUGAGGGAUACGAUACCGCAACACCUUUGGACGAUGAAGAUCUGGGAACGCCAAUGAGGUUUUCCAAGAGGCAGAAGAUUAAAGAGAAUUUCAAGGAAUACCGGUUAAAUAUGUCUAUUGAGUCUAAAAAGCAGUUGAUAACGUGUUUACACCUGUUAAAACUAGCAAAUAAGAAGCUUUCGGAUACCGUUGCAUCUCUUCAAGACCUGGUGCAGAAGGAGAUAACAACUGCUGAAGCGCUUCCAGCGCGUGAUGUUGAAGAUGACGAGAACGAGCAGUUCUAUGAUGCAUCAGAGACGCUAGUGGACGAUAGAUCUAAAGAAAUCAAGAUGGAGGUGGUUGGUACAGUUAAAAAAGUGUACUCUUUAAUUUCACAGUGCGCGGGAAACUCCUUACCGGAACCUGCAAGGACGCAGGUGCGGGAAACGUUGUUAAAAUUACCAGUGAAUUGGAAUUCAUCAGUUAAUUCUACUUCUAAGCUGCGAACCACAGAUUCUCGCCUAUCCACGAACAAUAAAAUACUAAUUUUAGCAGAAGAGUCACUUGAGAUGGUUGGGAAUGUUAUCCAGGUUUUUGAUGGUACGAUUGGUAAGGCCGAGGAAUGGGUCAAGCAUAAGCAGGAGUUGAAGGAAAUGAUCAAAGCUCAGUAUUUAGAAGCUCAACUCAAAAUAAAAGUCAAGCAACAGCUGGAGAAAGAAAAAGCUGAGAGAGAGGAACAAGAACUAAAGACGAAAGAAGGUAGACGUGGGAGUAAAAUUGGCGAUACGCCGUAA